AUGUGCUUCUCCGAAGCCUUCUUCCACUUCCAUAGCGCAAAGAGAACGGUGCAUGACUUGCUGGAUGCGAUGCGGACUCUUGCGAUCCAUGUGCAAGCCUAUGGAGUGGCGAGAAGCGAAGAUGAGGUUUUACAGCCUGACCUUGCAUCUCCGGAAACAGAACGUUCUCCCUCCCAAGUCAAGAUUACCACUGUGAAGCGGUUGGCGAAGUCUGAGAAGCGUCUGACUCUGGUCAGGUACUUGUACCCAUGGGAACUCUCGAAGUGGAAUGAAGCGACGGUCCGACCGCUCGCAUGCCUUGUGAUGAUCAACAACGACAUCUCCAAACUGCGCAACAAAGGGAUUUACUCCGAUCAAGUGGCGUGCAUGAUGUCCAAGGAGGUCAAGAGGAUGACACAGAUCUUCGGCGAGAUGGAAAAGUUGAAAGACAGUCCGACCAUUCCCUUUGCAUACUAUCAGUUCUGCAACUGGACAACUCUGGCAUACUCCUUGACCGUCCCAGCGGCGAUUGGAACCUACGACACGUACUACACAGCCACGUCCUUGUUGUCUUUCUUCGUGGCAGCCCUCUUCAUAGGGCUCAACUUCAUCGGAAAUCUCCUGCAAAAUCCGUUCGGGCUCGGGCCCAACGACAUCCCUCUGGAGCAGUGGGGGCAGUCACUUGAGAACGAGCUCUACCAGCACUUCCCCAUCUUCAAGUUCAGGUUCGGAGCUUUCCCUCUCUUUGUGGAAGAUUUCACAGCGUACCCUCCGGAGGAUCGACGUGCCCUCUACAAGGACGACUCGUCCAUCACCAUGUUUCACAAGCCGUCUGCCUGGAUUGUGACGAGGAACAAGAUACGAGCUGCUAUGAGGUUGGGGAAUAGGAAGCUGAAGAAGUUCCGAGAGGCCAAACCCACAAGAGAGGCGAUAGUUGCAGAGAUCAUGCGAGAUCGGAGGAAGCAAGCCUUUGAUGACAUGUCGCUGCUUGUGCAGCAGUUCGGUGCGGCGCCAAAGGACAGGGAGGGAUCAAACAAAAACGCAACGCAGAAGUACUCGAAGGUUGCAGCAGAAGAAUCAGCUUCACACCCAGCCGAAACUUCUGAGAUGGACAACAAAGAGGAAAGAGAAUCAGAAACGAUGCAAGACAAAGCUGACGAAAUUCUCAACACGCAGCUAAGAAGUGGAUGCUGA